ACAGCAAUACAAUCAGUUGAGCUUUUCGUAAAGCAAAGAGGACGAACGUAUAAAUUGGACCGGUUGUUAAAGAGCGAAAGAUUUUAUGAUGUCUCUGGGUCGUGUUUUAAUAUAUGGCGGUAAAGGAGCCUUGGGAGCGGCGUGUGUUUCGCACUUUAAAGAAAACAAUUUUUGGGUGAGCAGCGUCGAUUUUAAUAACAAUGAGCAAGCCGAUGCUGGCAUUCUUGUCUCGCGCAAUGCCUCAUGGAUCGAACAAGAGGAGGACGUUCUUAAAAAAGUUGGCGCUGCCUUAGGAGAUAAUAAAUUAGAUGCUGUUAUAUGCGUCGCAGGCGGUUGGGCGGGCGGCAAUGCUAAAACUGGUUUGGCUAAGAUGGCCGAUACGAUGUGGCGUCAGAGCGUGUGGACUUCUACAAUUUCGGCGACUAUUGCUGCUAAUCAUCUCAAGCCUGAGGGUUUGCUUGCUUUAACGGGUGCUAAACUUGCUUUAGAAGGUACACCCGACAUGAUUGGUUACGGCUUAGCCAAGGCUGGCGUACACCAACUCACGCGUUCAUUGGCGGCUAAAAAUUCUGGUAUACCUGAUGAUGCUGUUGUUGUUUCUAUAUUACCGAUUACUUUGGACACUCCUACGAACCGCAAAAUCAUGCCAAAUGCAGAUUUUAGUUCAUGGACUCCACUUAAGGAAAUAGCAACGUACUUUCAUCAGUGGACUAAACAAGAAGAACGCCCCAAAAGUGGCUCUCUCCUACAAGUUGUCACCGAAAAUGGCUCCACUUAUCUAAGUGAAUUUUAGGCUUUUUCUCUAAUAAUAUCA